AUGAAGUUUCUAAUUCUUGCUCUCGUUUGCCUCCAGCUCUCAGAGGGGAUUAUUAAAGUCCCCCUGAAGAGGUUUAAGUCGAUGAGGGAGUCGAUGAGAGAGCAUGGAAUUAAAGGUCCAGUUGUAGAUCCAGCUACAAAGUAUUACAACAAAUUUGCCACUGUUUAUGAGCCUUUGGCAAACUACAUGGAUAUGUCUUACUAUGGUGAGAUCAGCAUUGGGACUCCACCUCAGAACUUCCUUGUUCUCUUUGACACUGGAUCUUCCAACCUGUGGGUAGCUUCAACCUACUGCCAGAGCCAGGCCUGCACCAAUCACCCACUGUUCAACCCCAGCCAAUCCUCAACCUACACCUCAAACCAGCAGCAAUUUUCCCUUCAAUAUGGAACCGGCAGCUUGACUGGAAUUCUGGGAUAUGAUACAGUGACUAUCCAAAAUGUUGCUAUCACCCAGCAAGAGUUUGGCUUGAGUGUUAAUGAACCUGGAACCAACUUCGUCUAUGCUCAGUUUGAUGGUAUCUUGGGUCUGGCUUAUCCUUCCAUCGCUGUGGGAGGAGCUACCACUGUGAUGCAAGGAAUGCUGCAACAAAAUCUUCUGAAUCAGCCUAUGUUUGCCUUCUACCUGAGCGGCCAGGGAAACACCCAGAAUGGUGGGGAAGUAGCCUUUGGAGGAGUUGACCAAAACUACUACUCAGGGCAGAUUACCUGGACCCCCGUUACUUCAGAAACCUACUGGCAAAUUGGAAUCCAAGGAUUUGCCAUUAAUGGACAGGCUACUGGAUGGUGUAGUCAAGGAUGCCAGGGUAUUGUCGACACUGGAACUUCUCUGCUGACUGCACCUCAGCAAGUUUUCUCCUCCCUCAUGCAAAGCAUUGGAGCUCAACAAGAUCAGAAUGGACAAUACGUAGUUAGCUGCAGUUCCAUCCAGAAUCUUCCCACCAUCACUUUCACCAUCGGAGGAGCCACCUUCCCACUUCCACCAUCUGCCUAUGUUCUCCAGCAAAACAGUGGAUAUUGCGAAAUUGGCAUCAUGCCAACCUACCUGCCAUCCCAGAAUGGACAGCCCCUCUGGAUCCUGGGUGAUGUCUUCCUUCGUCAGUACUAUUCAGUCUAUGAUCUUGGCAACAACCAAGUGGGCUUUGCUCAGGCUGCCUAA